AUGGGCCACUCUCCAGAAAGUCCGACCGGGCAAAGCCCGCCAGAGAAGCCUCGCGAAGACACCAUCAUUAUCGGAGACCAAGAAAAACAAAGCACAAUCGAUGAAAAGACCACGGAGGAGCAGAAGAAGAAUGAUGAAUCUGCAUCGCUGGGUAAUUACAUUGUAUGGUUUUACUUGCUCCCACAGUGUUCCGUCGCUUACUGUCUGCAGCGGCUGCUUUCCUACACCAACCGUACUGAUCGCGUGAUCCUUGUAAUCGCCAUGCUAUGCGCCAUCGGAUCUGGAGUGCCGCUUCCCCUGAUGAAUAUCGUAUUCGGCAGCCUUGUCGGACAAUUUAAUGGAUACUUUUCGGCGGGAACCUCUGUGACGGAGGCGGAAUUCAAAGCCUCUGUCAGCAGACUGAGCUUAUACAUCGUCUACCUUUUCGUUGGAAAAUUUGUUUUGACAUAUUUCUCCAUGUACUGUUUCCGCGUGAUUGGUCUUCGUGUUUCAGCCACUUUGCGACACGAUUACAUGCGGACGCUCUUCGCCCAGCCGAUCAGCAAGCUCGAUCAGGUAUCAGUGGGUGCCGUCACCAACACGAUCACCACCCUGUCCAAUUCUAUCCAACAGAGCAUUUCGGAUAAACUAGCCAUCCUUUUCCAAUCUGUCGCCCUUCUCGUGGCUGCCUACAUCAUCGCUUUCAAAUACUCAUGGGCCUUGACUCUGGUCACCAGCUCGGCGCUUCUAUUUAUCCUGAUCGCCGUCAGCAUAACACUGCCCCGUUUAACGAAAGCCCAGCAAAGUGUCGACAAGGCAGAUGAGAAGCAGUCAUCCAUCGCAGCGGAGGUGUUUAGCUUAGUUCGCACAGUGGUAUCACUGGGAGCAGAAGGGAACCUCGCCACCAAAUAUGCGCUUUGGGUCGAAGAAGCGCGUAAACGAGGGCGAAAGAUGUCCGUGUUCCUCGGACUUCAAUUCGCCCUAAUUUUCUUCGCCAUGUACUCCAGUUAUUCCUUGGCAUUUUGGUUUGGACUGAAGUUGUUUCGCGACGGUCACAUUGGGAGCAUUAACACAGUCAUCACCGUAUUCUUCUCGGUAAUGGUGGCAGUGAGUGUCAUGGGAAACAUCGCUUCGCCGUUGAUUAUAAUAUCCAAGGCAGCUAGUGCGGCGGGUGCAUUCUUUGAGAUGCUGGACUCGGAAAAGAUAGACGUCAGCGGUCUUGGCGACUCCGAUGCCUCUGCAGAGGUGGAUAUUGUGCUUGAGAAUGUUCAUUUCGCCUACCCUGCACGACCGGACACAAAGGCACUUAACGGGCUCAAUGCUCGGUUUCAGCGGGGAAAGACUACAGCGUUGGUGGGCCCCUCGGGGUCGGGGAAAAGUACGAUCGUGGCUCUGCUAGAGCGAUGGUAUCAACUGAGUGGAACCAGCGAUAAAGACCAAGGGGCAAUCUAUGUUGGAGAUCAUAAUGUCAAUAACUUGGAUCUGAAGUGGUGGAGGUCCCAGGUGGGGCUAGUACAACAAGAGCCCGUUCUUUUCAACGAUACUAUCUUCAACAAUAUCUCCCUGGGACUAAUCGGAACGAAGUGGGAGCAUGAGCCCGAUGACAAAAAGAAAGUACUAAUUGAGAAUGCGUGCCGAGAGGCUUUUGCAGAUGAAUUUAUCCAACGUCUGCCCAAGGGCUAUGGCACCCCAGUGGGAGAGAAUGGCACCAAGUUAAGUGGUGGACAGAGGCAACGACUGGCAAUAGCCCGGAGUAUCGUGCGUCAGCCCUCUAUCUUGAUCUUGGACGAAGCAACGAGUGCGAUCGAUGUGCGUAGUGAGAAGAUCGUCCAAGCAGCUCUUGAUCGGCUGUCUCGCAACCGGACUACAAUCGUCAUCGCUCACAGGCUGUCUACCAUUCGACAAGCCGACCAUAUCAUUGUCAUGAAGGGUGGCGUGGACAUCGAACAAGGUACUCACGAGGAACUUCUCAACAUCGAGGGUGGGGUCUACAGCGGCCUUGUCAAUGCUCAGAAAGUGGAGCUACUGGAUGAUGAUGACGAGCACACUAGCGACAUAACCGAAGAAUUAAAGGAAGAAUUCAAACCUGCAGACGAACUUGUUCGACAGUCUACGAACCAGGAUGGAAAGGAAUCAGCGAAGAACAAGGGCUUCUUCGGCAGCAUCGGAGAGCGCUAUGGAGGUUCUAUAUUCCAGUUGUGGCCAGUGCCGCUGGAGCUGGAGGUAAGCGCCCUCGAACUUGCGGUGCCAAUACAGACUAACGAAGUUAUGCCUGUAGCUGCGUUCCCACUCCAAAGUUGGCUUUUUGCGAAGCUUAUCGGGGUGUUUCAAUUGACUGGCCAAAGACUAGCACAUGCAGCCAACUUCUGGGCAUUGAUGUUCUUUAUUCUGGCUCUCGGGACGGCAUCAUCUUACGGACUUAUGGGAUAUUCUUCGAAUAGGUUCUCUGUGGAAGUAUCCUCCUUCUAUCGAAAACAGUACUUUGACAACGUACUCAACAAGCCUAUUCCAUUCCACGAUCAGAUUGAAAACGCUUCUGGCUCCCUUGUCUCCCGGUUAGCAACAGAUCCGAAGCAAGUGCAAGAGAUUGUCGGAGUGAACGGUGCAUUCCCACUCUCUUCUAUAUUCAGCAUCCUGGGGUGCAUUAUAAUCGCAUUCACAUUCGGGUGGAAGCUCAGCCUUGUUGCUGUUUUCGCAGCCCUGCCAUGCACAUUUCUUGCAGCGUUCAUGCGCAUCCGAUACGAAAUUCAAUUCGAAGCAAUGAACGCCAAGGUCUAUUCUGGAAGUUCGCAGUUUGCAGCGGAAGCCAUAGACGCGUUUCGUACCGUCUCAGCCUUGACCAUGGAAGAUGUCAUUCUGGAUCGUUAUUCCAAACUCUUACGGGACCAGCAAACAAAGGCUUUCCGAAAAGCCUGGUACGCUACCCUCAUCUUCGCCUUCUCUGACAGUGUCGAGUUGUGCGCUAUGGCGCUUACGUUCUGGUAUGGCGGCCAACUUCUCGCGUCCCGAGAAUACCAGCCGACCGACUUCUUCGUCAUCUACAUUGCGAUCAUUCAAGGCGGACAAUCUGCCGGUCAAUUUUUCAGUUUCGGAUCCAACGUCGCCCAAGCUAUAGCAUCCGCAAACCGUAUGCUAAAUCUGCGACCGAGCAAAGCCGAACGCGAAGAAGCCCACAACAUCAAGGCUCAGCCAGAGUCCCUGCGAACCCGCUCCGGAGCCAACAUCGAGUUCAACAACGUCGCAUUCCGCUACGCCUCCCAAGAUACGCCUCUGUUCACAAAUCUCAACGUCAAAAUCGAGAGUGGCCAAUUCGUCGCCUUCGUCGGACCAUCUGGCUGCGGGAAAACGACCGUGAUAUCUCUCCUCGAGAGAUUCUACCACCCCUACCAAGGAACAGUCCUCAUCAACGGCAACGACAUCCACUCGAUCGACCCCUCAUACUACCGUCGCUCAAUAUCCCUCGUAGCACAAGAGCCACGACUCUUCGAAGGCACCAUUCGCGAUAACAUCACCCUUGGACUCGACGAGUCCGAGUUCACGGAAGACGAUCUGAUCCAAGCGUGCAAGGACGCAGAGAUCCACGAUUUCAUCACCUCCCUCCCGGAAGGGUACUCCACUGAUCUUGGAAUCAAGGCCCAGACCUCCAUGAGUGGAGGACAACGACAACGCAUGUGCAUUGCAAGAGCGUUACUACGAAAGCCAUCCCUUCUUCUGCUUGAUGAAGCGACAUCGAGUCUUGACUCGCAGUCUGAGAAGGUCGUGCAGGCGGCAAUGGAGCGCUUGGCUGCGAAAAGGUGUAUGACGAUUGUGGCGGUGGCGCAUAGAUUGGCUACUAUUCAGAAAGCGGAUACGAUAUUUGUCUUUGGUGAAAGUCGGACUGGGUAUGGGUCUAGGGUCGUGGAGCAGGGGAGUCAUCAGGAACUGUUGCGGAAUAAGGGGACGUACUGGCAAAUGUGUCAGGAAAACGCGCUCGAUCGAUGA